AUAAUCCUUCCUCUUCUUCAUCUUCUUCUCCUCUCCCGCUUUUUUUCGAUUCGCCGAUCUCUUCACAUUCUCUUCCCGGAAUCUCCGUAAUUCCCGCCGUAGAUCUGCUUCUUAAUCGUUAUUGGGAUCUCUGCUUACCGGAGAUCCGAGUUUCCGUGACAAUUUUCGCCGUUUCUUUUUUUUUUUGGGGGAUUUUUUAUCGAGAUUCGUUCUUAUGUCUGAAGAAGUACCUCAACAAUUCCCAUCUUCUAAGCGGCAGCUUCAUCCUUCUCUUUCUUCUAUGAAGCCUCCUCUAGUUGCUCCUGGUGAGUAUCACCGGUUUGAUGCGGCGGAGACUCGCGGUGGUGGAGCUGUUGCUGAUCAGGUUGUCUCUGACGCGAUUGUGAUCAAAUCUACUCUGAAGCGUAAGACAGAUUUGGUAAACCAAAUAGUUGAGGUCAAUGAAUUGAAUACCGGUGUUCUUCAAACACCUGUAUCAGGGAAAGGGGGGAAAGCCAAGAAAACUUCUAGGUCUGCGAAGUCUAAUAAGUCUGGAACGCUAGCUUCUGGCUCUAAUGCAGGUUCUCCUGGAAAUAACUUUGCACAGGCCGGUACUUGUCGAUAUGAUAGUUCGUUAGGUCUUUUGACAAAGAAAUUUAUCAAUUUGAUAAAACAAGCAGAGGAUGGUAUUCUUGAUCUAAACAAAGCAGCUGAUACUUUAGAGGUACAAAAGAGAAGGAUAUAUGAUAUAACCAAUGUGUUAGAAGGAAUAGGUUUGAUAGAGAAGACGCUUAAGAACAGGAUUCAGUGGAAGGGUCUCGAUGUCUCAAAACCAGGAGAAACAAUCGAAAGCAUAGCUAACCUACAGGAUGAAGUACAAAACCUCGCAGCUGAGGAGGCAAGAUUAGAUGACCAAAUCAGAGAAUCACAAGAAAGAUUAACAAGCUUGAGUGAGGAUGAAAACAACAAAAGGUUACUGUUCGUCACUGAAAACGACAUUAAGAACCUACCAUGCUUCCAGAAUAAGACGCUGAUAGCUGUAAAGGCACCGCAUGGAACAACUCUUGAGGUUCCAGAUCCUGAUGAGGCUGGUGGUUAUCAGAGGAGGUACAGAAUCAUUCUGAGAAGCACAAUGGGACCAAUAGACGUGUACCUAGUCAGUCAAUUCGAAGAGAGCUUUGAGGACAUUCCUCAGGCUGAUGAACCUUCAAAUGUUCCUGAUGAACCCUCUAAUGUCCCUGAUGUACCUUCAAAUCUUCCAUCAACAUCUGGUCUCCCUGAGAACCAUGAUGUAUCUAUGCCGAUGAAAGAGGAAAGCACCGAAAGAAACAUGGAAACACAGGAAGUUGAUGAUACGCAAAGAGUUUACUCUGACAUCGAAUCUCAUGACUUUGUCGAUGGUAUCAUGAAGAUUGUUCCUCCAGAUUUGGAUAUGGGUGUAGAUUACUGGUUUCGAUCAGAGGUAGGCGAAGUCAGCAUCACAGACAUGUGGCCAGAUGAAUCUGGACCAGACUGGAACCAGAUGAUUACAUUUGAUCAAGACCACGCUGGACCGAGCGACAACAAAAUCUUGGAGCAGCCACAAACUCCAUCGAGCCCAACACCAGAAGAAUCCACUGCUACGAGAUCACCUACAGGUAGCUGAAGUUACCAUACCACAUUACAAGCACCACCAUAUAUCUGUACAUAGAAUCUGAUUUCGGUGAAACCAGAGUUAAUGUUGUACUUGUACAGUAGCUGCAUUGCAUUAUCAUAGAAUAGAGAUUGCAAAAUAAAAGUAGAGAAACCAACCCCUUCGUUGUAUUCUUCAUUUUUUUUCUUUGUUAGCUUCUCAGGCUUAAUAUAGAAUUAGCCUUAGCCCAUUGAUUUCUUAAUAUUGGUCUUGUUCAUGUGAAACUGCAAAACCUUUUAGAGUUGUAGACGGGUGCUUAGUAGUUUUACAUGCUCCAUUUCCGGUUUACCAAAAAGGUAACCAGAUCGAAACUAAAACAUAUUUCCGUUCAUCAAAAAUCUUGACGAAAACAUAUUGG